AUGCAGUCUCAAAUCACAUACGUCAAUGGUAACACUGGCGAAAUCGCUUACCGGGGAAUACACCUGGCCGACUUGUUCUACUCAAAAAGACCGUUUGAACAUGUUGCUUUUCUCUUAAUCUUUGGGUACCUACCUGGCACGUCAGAAGCAGCGGCUUUCAACAGGUCUAUUGCUACUUCGGAUUUGCCACCUCAAAAUAUCUUCGACAUGAUCAACAACCUGCCAAUGAACACGCACUCUACGACUGCUAUUGCUUCCGCUUUGACCCUCUAUGCGGCUCUGUGCCCUGACAGGAUCCCAGCGUCCCGAGGUGCAAACUUAUACAAGGGGAAUCUCGCGGCUAUAGACAAGGAGAUUCCACAGUUCCUCUUCGUUAACUCGGUCAUUGCCGCGGCCGUGUUUUGUCGUCUGCAUGGGCGAGAAUUCAAGCCGCCUGUCGCGUCCUACUCCUAUAUAGAAAAUAUACUGCACAUGAUGGGGUUUGUGGAAAGCAGCACUGGACAGCCAGACCCUCAAGUUGUCAGCUUACUCAACCGAACAAUGAUACUGAUGGCGGACCAUGAGAUUACCAAUUCCGCAUCGGUACUACUCAAUACAGCAUCUGCCCUUGCCGACCCGUACUCCUGCGGUGCCGCAGCAGCACUCUCGGGUAUCGGUAUCCUACAUGGUGGCGCGAUAGAGGUUGCUUACAAGCAACUCGAAGCGGUACAUGAUCUGAGUGAGGUGCCAGCUUUACUGGAGGAUGUUAAGUCGGGCAAGAGGCGGCUGUAUGGUUAUGGUCACAGGAAGUGGAAGCUCCCGGAUCCCCGCUCAGUGCUGUUUCGUGAGCUGAUAGCCGGCGCCAUGGAAAACAUGGAAUCCCUAAGGACAGAUCACCACCUCAACGUCGCGCUUGAGAUCGACCGCGUUGCCGCACAGGACGAAUACUUCCGGUCACGGAAACUCUGUGCGAACGCGGAUCUCUUUCUCAGCUUCGCAUACAAAGCCAUGGGCAUCCCACCGGACUUCAUCCUCUCCAUGACGCUCUUGAACAGAAAUCCUGGAUAUAUAGCACAUUGGCGGGAGGCCAUGGCCGAUCCUAAGCCUCGGAUGUGGCGGCCCCUUCAGAUCUAUGUCGGGAACACCCCUCCACCGAAGAGGGAUCAAGAAAUGAAGCACAGCCAGAGAGCUCUCAGCCGUUUAUAG